GGCAGGGAAUUUGAAGAGAGAAAAUGCACAUCGAUCAGUAUUGAAAAAGAAUGUCUGCUGAGGUUGAAUACAGAUGCUUCGUGGGUGGGCUCGCAUGGGCUACCAACGAUAGAACCCUAGGUGAAGCUUUUUCUCAGUACGGCAAUGUGGUCGACUCCAAGAUUAUCAACGAUCGCGAAACAGGUAGAUCGAGAGGAUUUGGUUUUGUUACCUUUACUGAUGAGAAAUCCAUGAGGAAUGCAAUUGAAGCAAUGAAUGGCCAGAACCUUGAUGGUCGUAACAUCACUGUUAACGAAGCUCAAUCACGCGGAAGCGGCGGCGGCGGCGGUUUUGGUGGUGGCCGACGGGGUGGUGGUGGUUUUGGUGGAGGUGGCGGCGGCGGAUACAGUGGAGGUGGUGGAUACGGGCGACGUGAAGGUGGGAACGGUGGCGGUUAUGGAGGUGGUCGUGACCGGGGAUAUGGUGGUGGUGGUGAUCGUUAUGGCGGUGGAGGUGAUCGUUACUCAAGAGGUGGUGGUGCAUCAGAAGGAAGCUGGAGGAAUUAGGGAUAAAAUUCCGAAAUAUUGGGUUUAAUAGUUUUGGUUCGAAAACUACUAAUAUGUUUCUGUGUUGGGUUUUUGUUUAGUGUUAUGGUUUCUCGCUAUGUUACUGUGAGGGAUUUGUGCAAAUUUCAAUCUAAAGUUAUAAAUGAUCAACCCCUUUUCUAUUUUCGU